GGGCAAAGAUAACGCGGAUGGACGAUGAUGAUGCUGUUUUGGUUGUUGCUGGGGUUGCAAAAAGUAGUGCCUGAGGCCCGCAUUGCUCUCCCUCCUGCCCCCCCUCCAGCUACUAUUUGAACCCCCUCUCGCCCGGCUCUUGAUUCUCUUCUUCAUCAAUCACAAAACUUCUCUUUUCUCCAAAUCACUACCACAUCUCUACAUCUAUCACAAUGGGUUGGUUCAGCGACGACUCCGAGCAGGCUCAGGCCUACAACCAAUACCAGUCUGCCGAGCCCCAUGAGGCUUCGCUCUCCCACGAGCUCAUCGCCGGUGCUGCUUCCUUCGAGGCUGCCAAGGCCUACGAGAACCACGUUGCCGAGAACGGCAAGCCUGACAGCCACGCUACCGCCAAGGAGCUCCUUGCCGGUUUCGCUGGUGCCUUCGUCGACCGUGAGGUCGAAACCAAGGGUCUUGACUUCAUUGACCGUGAGAAGGCCAAGCACCAGGCCAAGGAGCACUACGAGGAGCACCUUGCCAACGAGGGCUGGUAGAUCAUUCAUCCGGAAUGAGGGUCUGAUUAUUUGAAUGAAGAUAUGAU